AGCCACCGACAUGUCCUACAAGACCAUACUCAGCUUGUGGUUAUCACUCGUUCUCUUAGGAGCUGAAGACGUUGAAGCAAAAGUGAAUGGCAUUCUGGGACACUCUGUCACAUUCCAAGUGAAGUCCUCUCUACCAUUUAAAUCAAUUUCCUGGAGUAAAAUUGCCAGCAGUAAAUCUGAAACUAUUGCUGUGGUGACCUCUGGGGAGCCCUGUGGCCGUCUGGUCCCCGACCCAGCCUAUGAAAAGCGAGUGACCAUCCCUGAGGACUGCAAAGGAUUAAAUAUCAGCCAUCUCAGGAAAGAGGAUGCUGGUAGAUUCAGAGCAGUGAUUAUUCCAUCAGAUGCAGAGAAGGUGGAUGAGUCCUUUGAUCUGCAAAUAUUCCGACGUUUGCUGGACUCUGAGAUGACAGUGACCUGCACUCCUGAUGCAGCUGGAAAUGGAACUUGGAAGCUGAAUUGCUCUACAGGGACUUGGGAAGAUGGGGUGAAAUUCAGUUGGACCUCAGCUGUCCAAAGCAGGGAUCUUCCCCACUGGAAUUCUUCAAUCCUCACCUCCCAAGAUCUUAAUCUCAAUGUCACCUGCGCAGCAGAAAACCCGGUUAGCAAGGCAUCCACAACAGUGUCCUUAAAGCAAGUUUGUGCUGGUCAGACCAAGAACUUCUACAGGCUGCCUCUCUUGACCCUGCUGUGCCUUAGCAAAGUGGGAAGUCUUCUCCUUCUUGGCUGUUUGGGGCUCAUUUUGGUGGUGAAAUCCAGGAAAGCAGUUGGAGGAGAGAGGCUUCCGGUCCGAUUCCUGCCCGAGGAGCCCAUCCCCACCUCCCAAGGUCAGAGCCCGCAGCUGUCCCAGCCCCACAUUGGCCGAAACUGAUGGACUCCAGAAAUGAAUCUCCCUCCAGGACUUCACUUCCAUGGACUUCCUCUUGGCUUUCGAGACAAAUCUUUGGAACAAGGGAGCUUCUGUGGUCUACCCAACAAGUUCUAUUCUCAGUCUGCCUAGUGUGAGGGGCACAACGCAUGUGGUUUCCCUGUGGCCUUCCCAUUGCCUCUCCUGCAUCCCCACAAGCUGCUUUUGCUGCUGCCUUGUCUGGGCCCCAAAGAAACCCAUGUUCAGUUGCUUUGUUUGGUUGGUUAAUAUCUAGGAGCUCAAGUCUUCUGCUCUUUCCCAUACAGUGUUUCCUGCUCUUUCCCCCACCAAGUCCCUGUGAGGGAGGCGGAGGAAGCUUCCAUGGCUGAGCAAGGCAUUCAACAAAGAAGACCACAACCUACAGUACUUCUUGGUAAACUAGGAAAAUGUGGGAUAAACCACAUUUAUCCCAGCACCAGAUGGGUCUCUAAUUGGCUGACAAACCACACUCAAUGAGUAGUCCUUAAUGGUACUACAUCUACAUGGAGGGAAGUAAGUAGUGGGGUAACACAAGGCUCCAUCUUAGGCCCAAUUUAUUUUAUUUUUAUUUAUUUAUUUUAUAUCCAAUUUAUAUACCGCCCUUCUCCCUGAGGACUCAGGGCGGUGUACAGCGAAUAAAAACAUAAAUUACAAACAUUAAAAUAGUAUUAAAAGAAUAUAUAUAAAUUUGGCCCCGUAAUUUAAGAACAAUAACAAACCCAUUUAAAACAUUUAAAAAAUUAAGAAAAAAAAAAGUUAAGCCAGCCCGGCUUGCUGAAAAAAGAGGGUUUUAAGGGCACGGCGGAAGGCACCGAGGUCUUGGAUUCUCCUUAUCUCUGGGGGCAGUUGGUUCCAGAGGGUGGAACCCUCAUAAAUGACUUAGAUGAGGUAAUAGAAGGGGAACUCAUCAGAUUUGCAGAUGGCACUAACCUGGCAGGAAUAGCCAACACCCCAGAAGACAAGUUCAGGAUCCAAAGAGAUCUUGACAGACUUGAACAACGGGCCCUAUCCAACAGCAUGAAAUUUAACGUGGAGAAAAAAAACAAGAAAAAAAAUCAAGGAAACUGACAGAUCUGUCUAUCUGCCAUUCUUCGGGGGAAGGGUAGGGGGAGUUUGGAUUAUGAUACAUUUAGUUUCUCUUUCCUUGGUAUGUACCCAUGAUAUCCUAUUUCUUGCCUUGUCUUUGUACAACUUUUCAUCUGAUUUAUAAGCAUUGCCUGGCGCCUUAGAUGCCUGUAAAAUUCUCACCUCUUGGGGAAUGCAAGGGGAAGGAGGGCCAUGUGGAUUGCAACUCCGGCCCUAAGAAACUUUUCCUAUCUCUUUCUCAGAGAGGCCAGUACAAUAACAUGUUAACACCUGCGGAUUGGCGGAAUCCACACGGGACUGUUGGGAGGGGUUCCUACUUUCCUUUAUCCUAGUUGCAUGCUCUGAGUCUGUCCUGCUUUCACCCCUUUUCAAUAAAAGGUUCCUUUUGAAA